AUAGUAAACGAUGGCCGGAUGGAAGGACCGCCAAAACUCUUUUAACGGUAAGAUUGAAGGUUUCGAAGACAUAAGCGUCGACAAUUUUUAUGAUAAAACUAAAAAAGCAUACUUCCUCUCUCACUUCCACUCUGAUCACUAUGGAGGUUUAAUCGGCAAAAAUGGACGUCACGCUUCAGAUCUCAUGGAAUCGGAGCCAAAGAAAAAAAUAUACAUGACAGAACCGACGAGAAUAAUUUUUAGUAUACACUAUCCUGAUGACUACAAUGAACUGGAACAUAUCAUAGUCACAUUACAGACAGGUCAAACUUACUCCAACCUCGACGAUUUAGAUAUUGAUGUGACUCUACAAGAAGUGACUCAUAUGCCUGGAGCGGUAAUGUUCAUAUUCGCUAAACCUUCAUGGAAGGUACUUUAUACAGGAGAUUUUGUUAUGAGAACCAGUGGAGAAGAAGAGCUUGCAGAGCUUAAAUCACUACACGACGAAGAUGGGAAUCCAUUGACAUUCGAUUACAUGUAUUAUGAUGCUACAUUUGAAGAGAAGCCUGCUUUGCCGACGAGAGCGCAAUGCAUUGAAAAUGUAGUACCAAUAAUUGAGGAUUGGUUGAAUCUUAGUGAAGAAAACUUUGUUGUUUUCAUGACGUAUUAUGAUUAUGCGUAUGAAGAAUUGUUUGCGGAGAUAUCUAGACAUAUGGAGGAAAAAAAGAUAUAUAUUCACGAUGCCAAGCAAAUUGACGUUUAUAAGUAAGUUACAUUGUUUUUCGUUUGU